ACCCUACGCAGCUGGCGGGACGCAGUCCAGCGCUGGCACACAUCGAAGCGCUUCGGGCCCGCUUCGUCAGCCCCGCCGAGCUUGGCACGCUCCGGCUCAAUCCCCUCCACAUCAGCGGCGUCAUCUACGCAGCCUUCUCCCUCCCUCGCCCCCUACGGCGGGGACGUCGGGCCGCUAUCCCCAUUUACGUCGGACACACCACCAAGACCUGCCUGGCGCGCCUUCAGCAGCACGUCAGCGAGGCGGCCUACACACCACCGGGCAAGCACUGCCUCUUCCACAGCCACCUCUACACCCACGGCGUCGACCGCCUCUGCGUCAUCCCCCUCGAGCUCCUUAAGCUACCUGCUAGCACCCACUGGCUGCGGCGUGCUAAAGACCUCGAAAUGGUGUGGGUCCAGCGCCUGCGCUCACACCACCGCCUCCACCCCGACGGCCUCAACGACCACUACGAGUCCCACUCCUUGGCGCAAUCCCCGGGGCCGCCUGUCUUCGAGGGCGACCCUCUCCCGCCAGCUGGCGCACCCCGGCGUCGGUGGUUCGCCGCCCGGGACAUGCGUCGGCGCCUCCUCCACCUGCAGCACCAGUACCGCGCCUACGGCCCCUUCCCCGCCACCUACUUCGCAUCCUAUGGGCGCUGCACCCUUCACCGCCUCUACGCUUACCUCACGUACCACCCCCCGGCCGCCCUCGGUACCGACCCGGAUUUCCACGAAUGGCUGCUUACCCCGGUCGCCGACGCCAUCCUCGCCGCCGAACAGGGCGUGGGCCGCCCCUCCUUCAACCACCGCCUAUGGCUGCCCCCUGGCCUCCGGCAACUCAUCUCCAUGCCCGACCUCCACCGCAUCCUCGACUCCAUCCCCCUUCCUGCCGGCUGCCCGCGGCCGCCCAUCCACUGGUCCCCCGACGAACCCCUGCACAAGCUCUUCUGCACCUAUGAUGAGUUCGCCCGCCGCCUUACCGCCGCCCAGUACGCCCAUCUGGUGGACCCCGCCACUCCCUGCGCGUGCGCUCAGUCCCCGGGUCUCUGCCCCCCUGGUAUCCCCCACGUCAUGUCUACCAGCCCCUACACCGCCCUCCCUGACGGCAUCCACGCCUUCUGGAAUUACGGCGGCCGGUACCGGCCUCACCGACCCGUCGACGACGUGCCUGCCGUGCUCGCUGCCGUCCGCAGCAGCGCCCUCAGGUUUACGCGGCAGCUCGCCCAGCAGCAAGGCGCCGCCGCCGCGCAAACCUCCCGCUGGGCCCAUGAGCUUGUGGACGCGCUUGCGGCACAUAUUGCGGACGCUGAGCCGCACCAGUUCUUCUGGCCCGUCCUCUCCCACUCGGACCUUGCCGACCUGCACACCCGGUGCGACGACUUCAUCAUCACCGUCACCGACAAAAGCAGCUCCACUUUUCAGCUGGUCUGCAAGAAAUUCUAUGCCGAGCAGUGCAUGCGCGACCUUGGCUGUCACAACGCCCUCAUCGCCCCGCCUGGCGCCCCCGCCCCGCCCCCCGCCCCCCCGCCCGCUGCCGCCGCCGCCGCCCCCGCCGGCCCCGCGCCCCCUGAUGCCCCCUACCUCCCCUCCAUCCUCAUCCCUCCGCUCGCGCGCCGCACCCGCGCACAAGCCCCUGCCCAUGACGCCGUCACUGCCGCGGAGCUUGCCGCCCUCACCAACGCCACCACCACCUUUACCAGCCGUGACACCGCCGCCGCCUCUGACGCCGCCGCCUUCGCUGCUUACGCGCCUGAGUUCAUCCCACCGGCGCCCCCCGCCGUCCCUGCGUAUUACGAGCCCGGCACUGCUGCCGCCCGUGACUCCUUCUACGCUGCCCAAAACACCCGCCUGGCCCCUUGGCGCCUCCAGCUGCAAACCACCCUCCCCCCCGCCUACUACGCCGGCACCCUCAAGAUGCACAAGCAGCCGCCAUCCAUGCGCUACCUGGCCUGCUCCCAGCGCUGCCCCGUCACGGAGCUCAGCGACCUGGCCACCGCCGUCCUGCGCGCUGCCGCCGUUGAGUUCAAUGCCAUGUGGCACGCUGCGCUCCCUGGCUCCGACCCCUGGCUCUGCCUCUCCUCCAACGCCGUCAUGGCCCUGGUCCGCCAGCACAACGCCGCCCAGUUCCCCCCUGACCGCGCCUUCCCGCACGCCGCACGCGACUUCAGUCGCCUCUACACCAACCUACCACAUGCCGACCUGCGCAACACCCUCUCCCGCCUCCUCCAUCGCAGCCUGGCCACUUGCCCCAUCAUCCAUGUCCUCUCCUACCCGCCUGAUCCCGCCAAGCCGGGGUCUAAGCCCGACCACGUCGUCACCUUCAAGGCCGGUGGUAGUGCCCCCACGCGCUACCAUGCUGGCGCCGAGUCCGUCACCCCCGAGUUCACUGUCACGGAUUUCUGCAACAUCUUCCUCGAUGUGCUCCUCUCCUCCACCUUCAUCCGCUUUGGGCCUGCGCUCGUCCGGCAGAUCUGUGGCAUCCCCAUGGGCAUCUCUGCUGCCCCCUUCAUUGCCAACCUCUUCCUGGGCUGGUAUGAGUUUGAGUUCCUAUGCCAGUCCCGCAUCGGCACCCUCAACCCCACCCAACGUGCCAUCCUGCGGCGGUUCCGGCUCAGUCGGCGGUUCCCGGACGACCUGUUAUGCCUUAACAACCCCUGGCUUAAGCACCUGCUCUACACCUCCCAGUCCUAUGAGGGCCUCCGUGGCCUCUACCCACCGGCCCUGGCUGUCCCUGAGCAGUCCCACCCCCACCUCCCGCCCUCCUGCGUCCCCUUCCUCGACGUCCUCCUCUGCUCCACCGUGCACCUGGGCCGCUGCUGGAUCGUCACCCAGCUGUACGACAAGCGUGAGCAGCCAGCCUUUGGUGGGGUCCGCCUCUCCCGUUUCGUCGCCCGCCACUCCUCCGUCAAUGAGCAGUGCAAGCGGAACAUCUUCGUCAGCCAGUUUCAUCGCCUGGCCCGCGUCAUCACGUGCGUGGAAAACUUUGCCUACGAGGCCGCACAGCUGGUGGCCGCCCUCAGUGCGCAAGGCUACUCCCGGCCGUGCAUGUUCCGCCAAUUCACCACCCUUCUCUGGCGUAACCCCCACCUGUUCUACUUCGUCCGCCGUGGUCACCCGGAGCCCCCCGCCCCCCCUACCCAGCCCCAUCAACCCCUUGACCUCCUCGCCCGGCUCCAUGUCUACCUUCGUGGCGCGCCGCCACCUGCCCCACCGCCGGCUGCCGGACUACCCUAGCCCCUUAGCAUUAUUUU